AUGAGUUGUGGAAAUGAGUUUGUGGAAACAUUAAAAAAAAUUGGUUAUCCCAAGGCCGAUACUCUAAAUGGAGAAGAUUUUGACUGGUUGUUUGAAACUGCUGAAGAUGAAUCCUUUUUGAAGUGGUUUUGUGGGAAUGUGAGCGAGCAGAAUGUGCUGUCUGAAAAAGAAUUGCAGGCUUUCAGUGUUCUUAAAAAAUCAGGCAAGCCUAUCCUCGAAGAUGAGGCACUGGGUGAAGUUCUUCAAACCUGUAAAACUUCCGAUUUAAGGACGUAUACCGUGGAUGACAAAGAGCUAGAGAAAUUAGAAGAAGAAGUUAAAAUGCUGCAGAAAUUAAAGAACCUAAAGAUCCAGCGUCGGAACAAAUGCCAGUUGACGGCUUCAGUAAUCGGCCACAGAUCUUUGAGGCUAAGUGCUAAAGAAGAGGAGGCCACUAAAAAGCUGAAGCAGAGUCAAGGAAUUCUGAAUGCCGUUCAUGCUAAAAUCAGUAAUGAACUUCGGGCCAUAAUGGAUAGUGUUGCAAAACUGAUGACCUUCUACAGACCCUCUAAUUUAGGACAAGGAGUGAAUCCACGGGUUUUUUUAUCUCAGUUUUCCUUGGAAAAAUAUAUAAACCAGGAAGAGCAAAGCACAGCAGCCUUAACCUUAUAUACGAAAAAACAGUUCUUUCAGGGUAUACAUGAAGUAGUUGAAAGUUCAAAUGAGGAAAAUUUUCAGCUCUUAGAUAUACAGGCACCAUCUAUUUGUGAUAAUCACGAAAUUGUUGAGGAGAGACGACUAGAGAUGGCUAGGCUACAGCUGGCCUAUGCUUGUACUCAGCAUCAGCUAAUUCACUUGAAAACAAGUAACCUGAGCAUGAAGUCAAGUAUAAAGUGGGCACAGGAGAACCUCCACAUCCUAACCAGCAAGGCAGUUGGGAAAGAAAAUUUGGAUGCUAAAAUUUCAAGCUUGAACAGUGAGAUUCAGAAGCUUGAAGAACAAAUCACUCAUAUGAAAAAUGAAAGUUUGCCUGCUGUAGUAAAAGAGAAUGCACAGUUACUGAAUAUGCCAGUUGUAAAGGGGGAUUUUGAUCUGCAGAUUGCUAAGCAAGACUAUUACACAGCAAAACAAGAGUUGGUUUUAAAUCAGUUGAUUAAGCAAAAGGCAUCAUUUGAACUUUUACAUUUAGCAUAUGAAAUUGAGUUGAGAAGGCAUUGGAACAUACACCGGCAGCUUGAAAGUUUGGUUCAAGAACUUGGUCGAAGUAGCAUGAAACUACAGCAGCGACUGGAAAUGCUUAAGGAUCCAUCAGUAUCUCAGCAGAUAAAUCCAAGGAAUACUAUCGAUGCCAAGGAUUAUUCUUCACAUAGACUUUACCAAAUUUUAGAAGGCAAGAAUAAGAAAAAAGAACUGUUUAGAACUCAUGGAAACUUGGAGGAGGCAGCUGAGAAAUUGAAACAGGAUGUUUCCUCAUUACGAGAUCAGUUGGCAGUAUCUACUCAAGAGCAUGCGUCUUUCAUGUCUGGCCUGAAUAAUGACGUGGAUAUGCUCUGUGAUGUUCUCUAUCAAGGAGGAAAUCAGCUUCUGAUUACUGAUCAGGAGCUAAUGGAGCAGUUUCAUCAAGUUGAAUCUCAUCUGAAUAAGCUAAAUCAUCUCCUUACAGAUAUUCUUGCUGAUGUAAAGACAAAAAGAAAAAUUUUGGCAGCUAAUAAACUGCAACAAAUGGAAAGAGAACUCUAUGUAUAUUUUUUUAAAGAUGAAGAUUAUCUGAAAAAUAUAGUGGAGAAUCUGGAAAGCCAGUCAAAGAUUCAAGCUGCUGGCGUUGAAGAUUGA